UGAUUUUGGUACGUACGAGUGGAAGAAGUAGUUCAAGCCGAACGAUAGCCGACUCACGACAUACGACAUCACCGCUGCUUUAUAUCACAUAACACAUCCCCACCCGAUGCUCAGAGCGUUCUUUACCAACCGAGCUGUGCUCAAGAACCCCGUGACCGUAUUACUCCAAACACGAUUCAAGUCCAAAACCAACCAUUCCAUAGCCAAACGUUUCAUUAAGACAGGCACUGGGAUUAAGAGGAAACAAGCCGGUAGAAACCAUGGGAAUGGAGGAUUCAGUACCCGUUCCUUACAACACUUGGAUAAGUUUGUGUCGGUGACCAAUAAGGAUAAACAGCUUAAGAAGGUGUCAUUAAGCUUUUAGGUAUAUAGUUGUAUUAUGUUUACAUGUAAAUAGAGCAUAAAUAAUAGACUUAGUUAUGUAUUAUGUCUUAUGUA